GAAGCUACAAAGUAGUAGCACUAAUAUGAAAACAGAAACAUCUGCUAUGGAAAUAAGUAUAGAACAACUAUCAGAAAAAGUUAAAUCAACUACGAUAGAAUUUACUUUAAUAUAUGCAAAUGAUCGAACUGAUGACUGCAAGAACAUAACUAGCACUGAAUUAACCUCGAUGGAAGUUACCCAUUCACAGACAAAUAAACCAGAAGAUGUAAAUGAUCCUAAAAUAGAAAUUAAAUAUUUAAACACGGCACGCAAAAGAAAUUUUAUAGAAAAAAAUAGUGAUAGCAGUUUGGCAGAAAAUGAAUAG